AUGGAAGAGUCCGAUAUGAGCCCGCAUGUCGGCUCAAGUCAUUCCGCAACGGAAGACGCAAACCUUUCCGAGGGGGUCGAUACUGAGCCGGGCGUCGACAACGCAGUCCAGCGUCUGAGCUCCGACGCCGAGGCCGACGCCGAGCCUGUACUCCCCACCUCAGGAGGCCCAAUCAUCUUUGAGGCCGACGAGGGUACUGACCCCUCCGCUGCCGCCCCUGACUCACUGCCCACCCAGCCGAACGUCGAGGUCGAAGCUUCGAGCUCCGUACCCCUUCCAGGGGCCGCCUCAUCCCAAUUGGCCCAGUUCUCCGACGCCGAAAACCAGCCAUUAAACCCCAGCCCUGAACCUUCAACAACCCAAAAUGUGCCAGAGUUCGACGACGACUGUUAUUGCUCCGACUGUUUGUCCGACGCUGAGGAUGAUCGCAUGGCGAUCGAUGGUGACAUGGAUAACGCUUCCGAGGGCGCCACUAUCGACGCCGCCUCCUUCCCUCAUAUCGUCGACGCCAUACGCGACUAUGCUAUACAAGUAUCUCCGCUGACGGUGCGGAGAGUGCAUCGCGCAUGGCGAACAAGUGCGGAUCACCAUCUCGGUCGGCACAUCCGCCUCGAUCUCCGUGCCCCAGGUCUACACCGCAACGGACGGCAAGAGCCGUACCUGUGGCUGUUCAGCAGCGCCUCAACCGGCAUCCCCUUCUUGAAACGUUCCCUUGGCCGACCAGAUCAGUCAGAGCUUCGCCGCUCGCGCACCGAUGCCCGCCGAGUGGCCCGCAUUCUCGACGUGCAUGCGUGCACGGAGUUCGUGAAACGCCCCGUCGACAUCAGCGAUUGGCGCAAACUACACACCGUCCGCCUGGUGCAGGGCCGAGGCAGCGUCGCAUUUCACACCGCACACACAAUGCCGAACGUAAAGCGCAUCGUCUUCUCCGACGGACCGUACGACCGCAACCACGCCGCAGCCUGUCCCCCCGUGGAGCAGAUGUUCCACGGUCGCUAUCUACGGACCCGACGAGUGGUGUGCAACUUCCGCACUCCAGGAAACUCAGACGGCGGGGACAUCAUCGCGCUGCCGCGUUUGGCAGAUCUUGUGCUCAUCCUGCAUGGGUGGGGGGUCAUCCCUGGCUUCGACCCGACGGAGCCGUUAGGUGUGAACCACCCCUUAGACGAGAUUCGCGGACUUGCGUACUUCGCCGCGCUAGAGGGUACGCGGGUCACGAUCGUGAAUGCUGCGCUUGCAGACCUGAGCAACGGCAGGAGGGCUUGCAACAUGGGCGACGUUGUCGAGACGCUGACUCAGAUGUGGACUGCAGACCUGCGAGACGAAGAGAUGGCUGAUGGCACUCCUAUCGACGAACAGCAGGUACUUGGCAUGAUUGAGUUCAUUUCACUUCAAGAGUAUAGAGAGAGGGUUGGCAAGACCACCUUCGCAAUCGAGACCAUGACCGACGCCACAGCUCAGGUGCCCCAAUAUUCUUGA